CGUGUACCACCUUAGCGCCGCGAGCUUGUCUCCUUCGACUCGGCCACUUGCACCUUUCAGCUACUCUCGGUUUAUUGACAUGUGGAAUGUCAGCUAUUUGUGCUAGUUGUCAGGCACACCAACGGAAGUUCUACUGCGUUGAUUGCUUACGCAGCCAUAUCCAUCGGAUUCGCAAUGCCACCCAACUCGCAGAAAAUGAGCGCGAUGUGCAGAUAGAUAAGGCUAAGCAGUCGCUCUCAUUAAUUGACCAACGGAGGAUUAUGUGUGCCAAAGUUUCCCGGCUGGAGGAUGCCACUUCUGAGGCCAAACGAUGGACUCAAGAGCUAAGGGGCGACAUAGAUGACGUCCGGAGUCGUGUCAUUCGCAAGCGCGACCAGCUGAGGAGACGACGCAUUAAUCUGGAGGCUGCUCGUGAAAUUUCCGAGAAGACCUUAGGGAAACCCCCGUACCUUGCCGGAAAAGCGGAUAGAAUCCAGAACCUUAAGAAGUCUCUCUCUCAUGCGCACGCGGCCCUUGCACGCUCCCGGCGCGUGUUAAUUCGUGAACUGAUCCAAGUCUUUGACAUUGGGGAAUAUCAGCCUCCGCAAAUUAGCAGCAAGCCUGCAUCAAUGAACACUCAAGCUGCUGCACAAUUUGGCGUUGCUUCAGUCCUGGGAAGUUUUGGUCGUCGCACUCGUCUUUCCCUUCAAUCGUCUCCGCUGUCACAAUCGUUCCAUCCGUCGUCCAAACCAUCCGUGCUUACUGCGCUCGCAGCACCAUCAUCUUCUCCGGCUACCACUAGGUCCUCCACACCCUAUGCCAUUGCCAGUCUCCCUUUUCCCAGUGACCUUGUUGAGUCCCAACGUUUACCAGCCGAGCACAUUCAAGCUACUAUUCAACAUCUCCUCCAUUUCAUCCAAUUACUAGCAUUCUACCUUGGCGUCAAGUUGCCAUUCUACAUUAUAUGGGAUGGGGGCAUAGAGGGUGUAGGACGACCCUGGAUCCAGGCGACCAAGGGCGAUGACGAUGGUGGUUGGGCAAAGUUCACUGGGCCACAUCCUUUGUUCUCUGCCGUGCCGAGUUCUCCUUCCCAAUCCCCGACGUCUUCUGCCAUUCAGACAGACCAUUUUCCAGUGCCUCCAAUUGUAUUAGCUCAACACUCUUCAACGUUAACCUCUUCAAAAUUGCCACCCUCGUUCACUACGGGCUUAGCAAUGCUUCACUAUAAUAUUGCCUACUUGCUGUUUACCCAAAGACUACCAAGCAGUCUGACAUUUGGUUUACCGCCUGCCAUUGGCCUUACAUCCCACAAAUCUCUGCCAAAUAGGGGUGAUGCAAAUGCUAAUACCGUAACUGAUAUACAGGCCGCUGUCCAACCAUCGCCAACUCCACCAGAUGCACUUCGGAACCUUGUGUCAAUGUGCUUCUCUCCUCUGGAGUCCGUUGGGUUAUAUUCUCAUUCUGCUCUUCGUCCACCGUACCGGCUUGGACCACCAACAACACCCCACACCGUCAAAGCUAAGUCGACACACUACCCAGCUGGCACUAAUCCCCAACCUGUUUCAAGUGAUGUCCAGCACGCAGGGACUGUGGGAAGCAAGGGCGAACGGGAACCAUUCAGGGUAGACUUUGGUGAUGUGCUAAGGUUAAUGCAUGGCUUCGUGGGGACAAGCGACGGCCUUUCAGCUGCUUCAAGAAACAAAAAGAGAGGGAAGUUUGCAGAGGAGAAUGGGUGGGAUCUUGUUGACAUCGAAGAGGGGGAGGAGGGUCGAGACAAGCAAACGUAGAUAUAUGCACACUUGCAUUUGUAUCAUUAUUCGGACAUCUACAUACUUAGCAUAAUAGAGAACUCUCAGUUUAGCG